GCCCGAUUGUGGGAAGGAGGUGGAAUCUGUGAUUGAUAGCAUGCCUGGAAGUCAGAAUAUUAACAAUUUGAUAGAUAUAUCUCCAAACCUAUUUAUCGAUUCCCAACUAUAUUCAAGUUCACCUAAAAAGCGUGUUAGUGAGUCUACCAGCAAAUCAUCCAGUAAGAAAGUGAAGAAGCAGGUUAGAAAGGAAGAUUCGCCUAUAUUAAAAAAACUUAUCAGUGAAUUGUCUACUGAUACUUCUAAAAAUGCAGAAAUUUUGCAAUCUAAAUUUUCCCUCGUGGCAAAUACAAUCAAUUUCCUUAAUUUAUAUCAAAAAAUAAUAGAAUCUGAAGAUAUUAAUAAAAAAACGUCUCAAGAUGUUAUUCUUUGUUAUUUUCAUUUGGAGGAUCGCUUCAAUCACUACAGAAAAAACAAUCCCAAACGCACAGCUCAAGGGUUAGUUAAUAAUGAGGUUAGAACUCAGAUCCCCGAAUCAGUUAGUGAAAGCUUACUUCGAAAGACAAAGGAAAGGGCCCAGAAGAUUUACUGUAUGAUAUCUUUAAUGAGAUCGGGGUUGAUAAAAUCAAACGAAUUCGGUCUUUUACAGCUACAACAAUAG